AAACCGAGCCCGUCAAAUAUUUGACGACGACCAAAAAUAUUAACUUUGACAAACUUAAAGCACCAAAAGCUGUUAACUGCAUACUUAAGAAACUAUUCUGAAUCUACCCCCGAGACCUUUUUUUUCAUUUUCUCUUUCAAAACCCAGUAAUAAAAGCACAUAGAAGAACCGCUAAUUUUUUUUUAAAAAAACACUUAACUACUGAUUAUUCAUCAGUAGUGUCAAUGUUGUUGAAAUCUAAAGAAUCCGAAAUUAUUCAUCUUUGUAAGUCAAAUUUACUAUACCAAGCUAUAAAACUCCUCAACACAAUACAAAAAACCACCUCAAAACCAAUAUUAUACGCUACAUUAAUACAAACAUGUACAAAAACAAACUCACUCACUCAUGGUCUUCAAUUCCACACACAAUGCAUCAAAACCGGGCUCGAAACCGAUCGAUUUGUAGGGAACAGUUUACUUGCUCUUUACUUCAAAUCAAAUUCAAAUUUCAAUCAAACUCGAAGGUUUUUCGAUAGUAUGUUGUUUAAGGAUGUUGUCGCUUGGUCUUCGAUGAUAACGGGUUAUGUUCGUGUUAGAAAACCCGAGAUUUCGUUGAGUUUAUAUAAGGAAAUGAUUGAUUUUGGGUUUGAACCAAAUGGUUUUACUUUAUCUGCUGUAAUUAAAGCUUGUUGUGAAAUUGGUGAUUUGAAAUUGGGUUGUGGAUUUCAUUGUGUUGUGAUUAAUCGUGGAUUCGACGAGAAUAACGUGAUCGUUAGCGCGUUAAUCGAUAUGUAUGGUAAGAAUUAUGAUUCGGGUAGUGCACUUAAGUUGUUCGAUGAAUUGCCUGAAAGGGAUGCUGUUUGUUGGACUUCGGUUAUUUCAGCUCUUACGAGGAACGAAUUGCACGAGGAGGCGUUAGCGUUGUUUUACGCGAUGCAUGGGAAGAACGGGUUGUUACCGGAUUUGUUUACGUUUGGUAGUGUGUUGACUGCGUUGGGUAAUUCAGGGAGGUCGAGGCAAGGUAGAGAAGUUCAUGCUAAGAUUGUGACGAGUGGUCUUUGUGGGAAUGUGGUUGUCGAUAGUAGUUUAGUGGAUAUGUACGCGAAAUGUGGGGUGGUUGAUGAGUCUCGGCAUGUUUUUGACCGAAUGGAUAAGAGGAAUUCCGUUUCGUGGUGUGCGUUAAUGGGUGGAUACUGUCAAAAGGGGGAGUUUGAAACGGUUAUUGAGCUCUUUAGGACGAUGGGGGAGGUUGAUCUUUACAGCUUUGGGACCGUUCUUCGUGCCUGUGCAGGGUUGGCAGCUUUGAAGUCAGGGAAGGAAGUUCACUGCCAGUAUUUGAGGAGAGGUGGCUGGAGCGACGUUAUCGUGGAAUCGGCUCUAGUUGAUCUCUAUGCAAAAUGUGGGUUUGAUAAUUAUGCUUGUGUGAUUUUCCGCCAAAUGAAGGUUAGGAACUCGGUUACCUGGAACUCGAUGAUAUCCGGUUUCGCUCAGAAUGGGAAAGGCGAAGAAGCUAUUGCAGUAUUCAAGGAGAUGAUUAGUGAAGGGGUUAAGCCAGAUUAUAUCAGUUUUAUCGCUGUUCUUUUUGCUUGUAGUCAUAGCGGUAUGGUUGAUGAAGGUCGAAAGUAUUUUCUCUCGAUGAUUAAUGAGUAUGGUAUUAAAGCUCAUAUCGAGCAUUAUAGUUGCAUGGUUGAUCUUCUAGGUCGGGUUGGGGAGGUAGAAGAAGCUGAAAGCUUGAUUCUAGGUGCGGAAUUCAGAAACGAUGGUUCCCUUUGGGCUACUCUACUUGGUGCUUGUACUAGCAGUACGAAUCCUACUGUUGCUGAGCGUAUUGCAAAGAAAAUGAUGGAACUAAAUCCGGAUUAUCAUUUGAGUUAUGUUCUGCUAGCAAAUGUGUACAGAGCAGUAGGCAGGUGGGCUGAUGCUCUUGAGAUUCGGCGGCUGAUGCAAGAAAAAAGAGUGAGUAAGAUAACUGGGAAGAGCUGGAUUUAGAUGAACACUAACAACCUAUGUUGCUCGGACUCUUCAAAAAUGAUGACAUACCGGUAAUGCACUAAUGUUGGAGGAUCCGACAUGCAUCGGCCGACAUUUUUAAGAGUCUGAACAACAUAACUAACAACAGCUUAUAGCCUUUCCAGUGAAGAACUCUAUCCAGAUGCCCCUAGAAGGAAACAUUCUUGAAAAUGCUCAAGAUGAUAACGGGGAUACAUAGCACAUUUAUCAAUUUUGUUCCUGUCAGGGUCACUUGUUUCAAGAUGCGACUUGUAUGAGACCUGUUGUCAGUGUACCCAGCAUUAUAGACAUGUUUAGGGUAUAGAAAUUUGUCAACCCAUAAUUUGAUAACCUUGGGGGUUUUUCAAUCAGCUCAAAAUAUAGGACCAAGCACGUCUUUGAUCUCAGUCUUUUAGGCAAGGAAGAGAGAGAUAUAUAUAUAGUGACACAAGCCUUUCAACAGCAUGGGUGACCAAAAUCAGGAGUAUGUUUUCAGCUAUGUGCGACAUUGUAGAAGUAGAAUUAACGAAUUCUUUGAGAUUAUUCUUGGCUCCAGUCUUAGAGUUCCUUACUGGACAUGUAGCCAUGAUGGCAGCUUAUGUUAAUGAUGUGGAUUGCCCCUCUGUUAUGUGCAUUACACAAUAACAGGAAGAGGGUGUUCAUCUAUGUACUUGCCUUCUUGCCCCGUGUUUCAAUUUCAUAAUUAUAUCUU